AUGGCCAAGUCGAAGAACCACACUAACCACAACCAGUCGAGCAAGAAUCACCGCAAUGGGAUCAAGGGCCCCAUGCCCCUGCAUCUCUGCAACUCCAAGCGUGGUGGCUGGCUCCCUGCGUUGGUGAACACUCGCCGCGUGCGCAAGCACAACCAGAAGGCCGCGCUGAAACGCCGCCGCGAGCGCAUCGCUGCGUUUGCCGCCAAGAACUAA